CGGUGGCCCCAGGAGCGGUUGCCGCGGGCACCGGGUGGUGACGCGGCCCGAGGGCGGAAGUGAGAAAGUUGCCGGCGUCCCGAGACAAGUUGGCGGAGCUGUGUGCGAGCGGCAGCGAUGGGGGGUUCGGGCAGUCGCCUGUCCAAGGAGCUGCUGGCCGAGUACCAAGACUUGACGUUCCUGACCAAACAGGAGAUCCUUCUAGCCCACAGACGGUUCUGUGAGCUGCUUCCCCAGGAGCAGCGGAGUGUGGAGGAGUCACUGCAGGCUCGGGUGUCCUUGGAGCAGAUCCUCAGCCUUCCAGAGCUCAAGGCCAACCCCUUCAAGGAGCGAAUCUGCAAGGUCUUCUCCACUUCCCCGAGCAGAGACAGCCUGAGCUUCGAGGACUUCUUGGACCUCCUCAGUGUGUUCAGUGACACAGCCACCCCAGACAUCAAGUCCCACUAUGCCUUCCGCAUCUUCGACUUUGAUGAUGAUGGAACCUUGAACAGAGAAGACCUGAGCCAGCUCGUGAACUGCCUCACAGGAGAGAGCGAAGACACACGGCUCAGUGCUUCAGAGAUGAAGCAGCUCAUCGACAACAUCCUAGAGGAGUCCGACAUUGAUAGGGAUGGGACCAUCAACCUCUCCGAGUUCCAGCAUGUCAUCUCCCGCUCACCAGAUUUUGCCAGUUCCUUUAAGAUUGUCCUGUGACGGGAGCCACAGCAUGUGUAGCAGCAACCUGUUGAAGAAUGGCCACUGCUGAGCCGUGGUCAUGGUUACCCCCUGUGUUGUCAGCACUGGCCAAGCUGGUCCAGCCUGGAGCUGAUACUGCGUGGUCUUGCCCGGGGCUGUGGAGCGCCCUCUACGUCAGGGCCUUUCCCCUUCUCACUGUCAUCGCUCUGUUUGUGUUCCUACUAAUCACUAAUAAAGGUUUGGAAGUUUUGA